CCCAAGCCCAGGGCCGCGCCCCGCGAAGCGGGAGGGCCAACCCUCGCGCCCGCGGCCGCCUGGAUGGCGCCGGCCACCCGGGCGCGAACACCGAGGCCCUGCCAUCCAGCGAUUCGAUGACAUGCAGCGCCGGGCCUCCUCGCCCGGAGGGCUGCUGCCGGGCUUCUCCGGCGGGGUUCCCGCACGCGUGGGCGCCGCCACGAGGCCGGAGGCGGUUCGCCCCUUGGUCAGCAGGGAGAGCGCGCUGGGGACAGGUCGGGUGAGCGUGGACGUGUCGAGCCUUUCGAGGUCUCCAUCGGGCAUGGCCAUGCUCGAGCAGAAGCGCCUCUCGGUCCCACAGCGCACCUCGCACGCCGGCAAAAACAUCCAGAAGGAGACCAGAUUGCAAGGGGCUUUAUCCAGCAGCUCGUCGGGCCAUUUGUAUCCAGCCGAGCAAGAUGGCACAGUUGACGAAGAGCACGACUUCCACUACCAGUACAAUCGCAGGUUGGAGUGUUCAUCGCAGCCCGUCGUAGCUUUGAGGUUCACUCCAGAUGGUAGUGCUCUCGUCUCAGGUAACCACGGGGCUGAUAUCAAGAUGUGGGACACGAAGAACUGGAGCAGGCUGGCACGCUUUCAGAAGUGCCCGGGCGAGGCGCUCUGCACCGUGGCGGUCUCGCUCUCCCAGCGAUGGGUCGUCUGUGUUUACCCGUCGGUGGUCCAGGUGUACAAGGGGCACUCCCCCCACACGCUGGUGCUGUCUCUGCCCGCGGCCGCGGCGGGCACGGGCAUCCCUGCAGGCGAGGGCGCCGCCGGCUCGGAGCCCGUGCCGCCCUCGGGCAGGGCCUCCUGCGCGUCCGCCAGCUCGUCGGGCACGGACGCCACCGGGCCAGGGUGGGCAGCAGGCGGGGGAGGCGGCACCCGCGGCAGCGCACGGAUUAGCGCCAGGGCCUUCCGGUGGGCGUCGGCGGCGUUCUCGCCCACCCGGGAGGUCAACCACCAGAAGGGGCUGGCCGGGCAGGACAACUACCUGGCGAUCCUGGGGACGGGCCACCUGCGGGUCCUGGACUACGCCGCGGGGUGGCGCGAGGACAUGCCCAGCCACACGUGCUCGCUGCUCCAGGGCGGGGUCGAGGACGCCCACCCCACGAGCUCCGUGUUCACGUCGGACGGCGUCUGGAUCGUGUGCGCCUUCAGCAGCGGGCAGAUGCAGAUCUGGAGCGCAUCUUCCCUGGGCCUGCACAAGACGGUGAGCGCCCACACCGGUUGCAUCACCUGUCUGGACCCCUCUCCCCUCGAGAGUGGCACCGCCUGCAGGGUCAUAUCGUGCUCGACGGACAAGACGCUGCGCCUGUGGGACUCCUUCGGUGGCAACUUCACCAUGGAGCAGCACGUCUUCGACUCCGAGGCCACUGACGCGGGCGUGCGCCAGUGCGUGUUCUCUGCAUCCUGCCGCUGGGUCCUCUCGAUCUCCUCCGAGCUCACCCUGUGGCGCGUGGUCUGCGUGCGGACGAGCAUGCAGCUGCACGUCCACCAGCGCUUCACCGCCGCCCAGUGCGUUGACAACCCCUGCGCCGCGGCCUUCUGCCACACGACCGACGCGAUCGCCGUGGGGCUGCGCGACGGCACCCUCUGCCUGUGGACGCUGGAGUCGGGCGCCCCUGCCAAGAGCAAGGCGCCGAGGGCCUCGGCGAGCGGCAAGGACCUGGACAGCAGACCUUACACGACCCCCACCCCGACGGGGCGCCCCAUGCAGAGGAUGCAGUCCGUGGAGAGCCGGCUGCCCGACAUCGUCGACCAGUUCGCCCCCCAGGCCCAGCUCUACUACCAGUCCUCGCCGUCCGCGCACGCGCCCACGCGGCAGCGGCCGAGCGCGCAGGUGCUGAGCAGCGAGUUCGGCGCCUCCCCGGCGGACCUCCACGGCGCGCGCCUGCUCGCGGCCACCCCGCCGACCAGCCCGCUCGACGACCGGCCGCGCAGCCACAACUGCAAGAGAGUUGCUAGCAUGCCGGCCCUCCUGGUCCCCGGCAGCCCCGACGGGCCGCUGCUGUCCCCGGCCGGCACGACGCGGCUGUUGCAGGGGCAGAACCGCCCGCUGGUGAAGCGCAUCUCCCUGCUGCCGCAGAGCAUCGCGCUCUCCUGAAGAGGCGGGUCCCAGAGACGGUGCGGCUGUCGGAGGCCUGCGGCUGCUGUUUCCACCGAGGAAAGUCGAUCCUGAUCUCCGUGAUGGUGGUGAUAUAAGGGCUUCUUAGAUGCUCGAGUGAUUACCACCAGCACUGAAAUGGAGGCACCCCUCCAUGCUGGUGUUGGUGCACAUUUCAAGGCCCCCAAGGCUAGAGAUCGAGAACAUACGCUAGGAUUAGCGCUGUGUAAGUAUUACGUUAUUGCUUGUUGUGUUUGCGCCUUGACGGCUCGUGGUGCUGAGCGCUCAUUCUCGACGUUUCGUACGCAAACCUCUUAGAGGUUGCUUUCCUCGCUUGUCGUGAUGUUUUUUUGUUCGGAUGUUCUGGUGUGAAGUGCUGACGCUCGAAGCGUUCGUUCACUUUCAUGUCGGCCGUAGCCAUAGCGGGGCGAUCGCACUGCAGCGUUUUUUUGUUUCUGGAUGUCGGCUCAUAUAAAAGAGCGGUUUCAUUCAGCAGUUGCCGUCGGCAUCUAAUUUGGUAGUAGCCCCCUUAUGGUGAUUUGUGGAACAGCUCAUUUUCAGGUUACUUCUCAUCAUCUGAUGUUUCCUCCUCAGAGAGCUUACCAACGCAUUGCUUGCUCCGCCGCUGCCAGUGGAAGCCUGGGCGCUCAAA